AUGCUGUGUCAGCAUGUUCGUCUAUUUGGCCAGAAGCUGGUCCGCAGGCGACCCUUGGAGCCAAGAGAAGGGUCUGAAAUUGGUUUGGCCCGUUGUCUGAGCACCUUAGAUCUGGUGGCCUUGGGUGUGGGCAGCACCCUGGGAGCAGGCGUGUACAUCCUGGCUGGUGAAGUGGCCAGAGAGAUAGCUGGACCGGCAAUUGUCAUCUGCUUUUUGGUGGCUGCCCUGAGUUCCAUGUUGUCUGGGCUCUGUUAUGCAGAGUUUGGGACCCGGGUUCCAUGUUCUGGUUCUUCCUAUCUCUACAGCUAUGUCACUGUGGGACAAUUGUGUGCCUUCAUCACUGGAUGGACCCUCAUACUCUCAUAUAUCAUCGGUAGCGCCAGUGUGGCCAGGGCCUGGAGCUCCGCCAUCGACAGCCUGACUGGGAACCAUAUUUCUCGGGUCCUGCAGGGCAGUUUCUCUCUGCAUGUGCCCCACCUGGCCAAGUACACAGACUUUAUCUCACUGGGCCUGGUGCUGCUGCUCACUGGUCUACUGGUUCUGGGAGCUAGUGAGUCAGCCCUGGUUACCAAGAUGUUCACAAGCGUGAACCUUUUGGUUCUCAGCUUUGUCAUCCUCUCUGGCUUCAUUAAGGGAAACCUACACCACUGGCAGCUCACGCAACAGGACUACGAAGAGGCCAAAUCUGGAUCCAAUGACACCUACAGCUUGGGCCCUCUGGGUUCUGGAGGGUUUGUACCUUUUGGCUUUGAAGGGAUUCUCCAUGGAGCAGCUACAUGUUUCUAUGCAUUCGUUGGUUUUGAUUGCAUUGCUACAGCAGGGGAAGAAGCCCGCAAUCCUCAGCGUUCCAUCCCCCUGGGCAUCGUGGUCUCACUCUUCAUAUGCUUCUUGGCAUAUUUUGGUGUCUCAGCGGCACUCACCCUCAUAGUGCCUUACUAUCAGAUUGAUUCUGACAGCCCCUUGCCACAAGCUUUUCACCAGGUCGGAUGGGCCCCUGCCAGAUAUGUUGUGGCUGCUGGCACCCUCUGUGCUCUUUCAUCCAGCCUUCUGGGUUCCAUGUUCCCCAUGCCUCGGGUGAUCCACGCAAUGGCAGAGGAUGGGCUCCUUUUCCGGGGACUUGCCCAGAUCCAUGCCCGCACUCACACUCCCAUCACAGCCACCAUUGUUUCUGGAAUCCUUGCAGCAUUCAUGGCAUUCUUCUUCGAGCUCAGUGAUCUUGUGGACCUCAUGUCAAUUGGGACCCUGCUUACUUACUCCCUAGUGGCCUUCUCUGUGCUUGUCCUCAGGUACCAGCCAGACCAGGUUUUAAGAAAGAAUGAGAAAAUGGAGGUGCAAAUAAUUGAGACAAAAUCUGAACUUGAAGCAAGUUCUUUGGAAUCUGUACCUGAAGCAGGAAUCUCAAAGACUCUAAAGAGUCUAUAUUACCCUGUCAACACCAUCCCUACUCGGAAAUCUGGCCACACUGUCUAUGGAUGUGCCUUAUUGCUUGCUCUUUUGCUGACGGUCCUGUGCUUGAUACUGGCCCAUUGGCCCAGCCAUAUGUUCUCUGGAGACCCAGUGUUCACAAUAGUGGCUGGGCUGCUGCUUCUGCUCAUUCUGGGGAUCACAAUCAUCAUUUGGAGACAGCCCCAGAACCCAACUCCUCUUCGCUUCAAGGUCCCUGCUUUGCCUGUCCUCCCACUGACGAAUAUUUUUGUGAAUACUUAUUUAAUGAUGCAGAUGACCACUAGAACCUGGGCCCAAUUUGGCAUCUGGAUGGUGAUUGGAUUUGCCAUAUACUUUGGAUAUGGGAUCCGACACAGCUUGGAGGAGAUCAAUGAUCAACAGCCACCGGUAUCAAGCUCCCAAACUCUUGACAAAAAUGUCCCUAGUGCUGAAUUAGUUUAA